CAGAGUGGUACAGACAUCGCCGACAGAGACUCUGAUCACUGACUAUCCCUUUAAAUGCAGUCUCAUGACUUAGUCUUUACUCCACUACCUAUUAAAGAAGGAGACAAGACCUACAUAGAGAGCUUCCAUUCAGACACCCAGAAGGACACAGAAAGGCAAGACCAUUUAACAGAACUAACUGUAUGAUUAUCUGGCGAAGACUGUUCCCAGCUUUUCAUGUUGUCCAUUUUCUUCUCUGCAUUUAUCCUGUCUACUUGCUGCUUAACCAAGGGAAACUGUGUGUCUUAUGAUGAGCUGAAAGAGCUGAAGACUGAAUUUGCCAUCAACCUCUACCGGCAUGUAUCCGAAGCAGAGAACAGAACCAAUCUGGUAGUCUCCCCAGCAAGUGUGGCUAUUUCUUUGGAGCUGCUGCAGUUUGGAGCCCAAGGAAAUACCUUGAUGGAACUGCAGAAUGCCCUAGGCUACAACAUUCAUGAUGAAAGUGUGCAAGAUUUCUUGCACACAGCGUAUGAAGGGGCAACCAACUCCAGCCAAGGCACAGUGGUUCAGCUGGCGUGUUCCUUCUUCGUGGAUGCCAGUGUGCAGCUCUUGCCCCACUUUGCUGCACGCGCUGCGCGCUGGGCAAACAGCAGCCUGCAGAAAACCAACUUCACUGGCCCCAACAGCACCACAGCCCAAAUCCAGGAAUGGAUCACCAGUAGCCUUGGAGACGGGGACAUUCAUGGCAUGCCGCUGGAAAGCGCUGGGUCGCCGCUCAGCCAGGUUGCUCUUGUGAGCACCAUGUACUUCAAAAGCGUGUGGCAAAAGAAGUUUUCCUUUAUGGAUACCCAGAUGUUGCCUUUUACAACGGUGAAGGGCUCAACCCUGAAAGUGCCGACAAUGCAUCACACGGCUGAAGUUAACUACGGCCAGUUCCAGACUGCAUCUCUGGAGGCUUUCAGCAUGGUUGAAUUACCCUACCUGGGAGAGAAACUCAGCAUGUUUCUAGUGCUUCCUAACCACAAAAGAACAUCUUUGUCCCAGAUUGAGUCUCACUUUUCUGCCCAAACCAUAACCCUCUGGACCAACAGCUUAAAGAGAAUGAAGAUGGACAUUUUUCUACCUAGGUUCAGUAUUCAAAGCCUUUCUGACCUAAAGACAGUUUUUUCUGCCUUGGGAAUUAGAGACGCGUUUGAUCCCACCACCGCUAAUUUUAAAGGUAUUUCAGAGGAAGGUAGUCUUUAUAUUUCAGAAGCUAUUCACAAAGCAGAGAUUGAAGUAACAGAGGAUGGUACAAAGGGAGCAGGAGCUACAGCAAUGGUAUUACUAAAAAGAUCUCGAACGCCCGUUUUCAAAGCAGACAGACCUUUCACUUUUUUCCUGAGACAAGCUAACACAGGUACGCAUCCUCCCUGAUUCAGCAGCAGAAUCCUUCACAAGGAGUAAGGAUAUCAGUAACAAGUUCUCUGUAAAUAACAUGCUAUUCUUCAGUCCAGGAAGCUUCAAUCAUCAUGGAAACAGGGGGCUUAGGGUUUCGGAAGCAUAAGGAAUACAGCUUAAUUGCUUUAAAAAUAAUGCAUGAUAAGUUACAGAAGUCAGGGAAGCCAGGUUAGCCUUUUCAACGUGCGUGCAGUAUGUGCUCAAAAAGAUUUCCACUGCAAUUAUAAGCACUAGAAAGAUUCUUGAGAUCUUAAACGCCCCAGGAUUAGGGACCAACCUCCACAGGGCAAUUAAAAUUACAAAUGGGAUGGAUCAGCUGGAUUGAUAUCCGAAGAAGUUGAAAUAUAAAUCUUCCCAAACAGAUGAAACUCAUUCAUGCCUAUGCUGACAGUACAUAAACUUCUGGCUGCACCAGGACUCCAGGGCCUGUAAUUCCCCGUAUUAAUCCUACCUCAGCGGUUCCUAGGGAGUUCUCCGGAAUUCUGAAGACCAAUAAUAUUUUGCCCAGCUACAGCUCAGAAUAUGCAGAAGCAAGUUUAUCUUCCCUUGUACCAUGAAUAGCAACACCUUAAAGGCAAUAGUUUUACACGUACAGACUUUUCACUACUUCGUAACCUCAUGAGACAUUCUGGUUAGCAAAAGCCAUGGAUAUUCACCGUAGGUAAUCAGGUAACCUAGCUCUGCAAAAAGCCUAACUGCUACCUUCACUUUUGCAAGGAAACACCAAAAAAAAAUUGUUUCUUUUGGAACUGACAACUUUUUUUCUUGCUAAUGAACUCCCCCAGCUGCCGUAACAAACAAGCAAAACUGCAGAGCAUCUCUUCAAGAGUGAAGCAUCACAGUGCUCCUCUGGCUUCACUAUUAGACUAUGUCUUGUGUAGUUACGCCUGAAUCUGUGCCAAAGGAAAACACCACAUAGCUCAUUGGCAAUAAGAGUUGCAUUAUGCACAACUUAGCACGCGUUUUCUCCUCCAAAGAUGAGGCCAUCACCAAUAACUCUUACCAUUUUUAGCAAUGCAUUAAAACUUGUACCGUUUUGCCAAAACAAUCCAUCAAAGUUUUACUCAUAACUGAGGUCACAGCCAUUUAGACUUCCAGGGAACAUUUAGCCAUUUACAGGGUUCAGUAAAAUACCAGGGCCUGGCAAGACCAAGAAUAAUUUUCAUAGAAUGGUUUGGAUUGGAAGGGACCUUAAAGAUCAUUUGGUUCCUACCUCCCUAUGAUGGGCAGGGACACCUCCCACUCAAACAUAUUGCUCAAAACCACAUUCCUUUUCCUUCUUUGCUUCCAGGCAACAGAGUAUUUUAAAAGCCUGUAUCUUACAUUUGGACCAAAAUACAAACACAUUUUUAAAGAAAAAAGCACUACCUUAUGCUGGGGGAGGAGGGUGUGGUGUUUUAAAAAAAUAUGCUUUGGUAGUCAUUAUCAUUCAAUAAAGUAUCCUUAAUUAGCAAAUACAGACUUAAAAAAAAAAGGCACUAAAAAUUGAUCUAUGGGGCAGGCCCUAUAGCAGCCUCCCAGGACUUAAAAGGAGCCUACAGGAAAGCAGGGAAAGGGCUCUUUAUCAAGACUGUAGCAAUAGAACAAGGGGUAAUAGUUUUAAACUGAAAGAGAUUUAGAUUAGAUAUUAAGAAGAAUUUUUUUCUUCUGAGAGCGAGGAGGCACUGAAAUCGGUUGUCCAGAGAAGUCAUUGAUGCCCCCCUCUUCCUGCAAGUGUUCAAGACCAGGUUGGGCGAGACUAUGAACAACUUGACUGAGUGGAAGGUGUUCCUGCCUCUGGCAGGGGGGUUGAAAAUGGAUGAUCUUUAAGGUCUCUUCCUACUCAAAUCAUUCCAUGAUUCUAUGAAACCUGAGUCACACACUCUUCAAGAUUAAGAACAAACUUAUUUUGGUGAAUAAAACUGCUUAGUUCACAAUACAGGAUAAAUAAUAAAAUUGAUGAAGGAAAUCAGAUUUUAAAACAGGAUUUUUAUACAAACCAUUACAAAACGUACACCUUCCAAUCACCUCAAAAUUAGAAGUACAUUACUGUAAUUUAAGCAUUUGAAUGUAAAAAGUAAAAACUGAAAACAUUCAGUCAUUUUGUUUGUUCAGGCUUAGUGACUGAAGCUGUUCAGAUAUGAAAAGGUGGAAGGGUAGACAAGAUCUGCUUUUAAAGUAUUUUGUAAGCCUAGCUACAGGUACUUACAACUUACUAUCUCCAUGAAGUUCACAAUGAAUAUUUACAUAGACUAGAAGUCUUCAUUUUAUCAGCCUUCUAAUAAUAGCAGUAAUAUAUUUUCCCAGGACUUAAAAUAGCGUAGUUCUGCCCAAAGUCAGUGAAAAAGUUGGGUUUUUUUUAAUCUGAAUUUCAGGUUUGAAUAAACUCCCCGUGAAGGACAGGCAAGAUAACAGCAAUACAAACAACUGAACCACUAACUCAAUUAAUCUGAGACAAUAAUUUCAUUCCAGGGAUUAUACUACUCUCCUGUAAUACUAUCAACAAAAAAGAACAAAUUUAGGCUCUGUUUUGCUCAGGACAAAAGGGAUUCUUUAGCCAAUGGUUUGGGCAAGUUUCAGGUUUCAGCAAAUUUCUGCUUUGGAAAGGUCUCUUGGUUUUUAAAAUAGUAACGCUUAAGUUAUUCUAAGGAAAGCAUUCAACUGCAGUCAAAUUUUUCCAUAAAAGGAAUGAUCUGCUAGUUCACACUUAAUUUAUGUAUUUAUCUAUACUACGUUUUGAAAAUGUGGUCCCAAACUGACAUAACAUUAAUACUGUUUUCAUUUACAGGUUCUGUACUCUUUAUAGGAAGAGUUACAAAUCCUUCAUAAUAAACACCAGACAAAUACACUGUCUUCUGUUCCUCUUAUUGAGGCUUUCCUGUAAAGCAAUUAAAGGCUACAUUCUAUCUAUUUAUUAAAACAUUGCUUUAAACAAUAUCACUUUCACAAGAGUAAGAGUGAGCAAAUCCUCCAUAACUUUAUUGCCCGGUACACACUACUGGAAACUUACUGCUGUCUAAGGAUCAUCAGGACCAUGACUACAGCAAAGAUACCAACCACAAACAUUUGAGGAAAACCUUGUAUUUUGCCACCUAAAUGUUUAGGAACAGACCAAGUGUUUAAGAUUAGGCCAACAGCUUCUGCUUAACUUCAUCAUGGCUGAAGUCAGCUUGACUAUUGCUGAGUAUAGAGGUCAUCAGAAAGAAAGCAUCCCACAAGAAAACUUUGUGAUACAUAUUUUUCAAGCACAACUUUAUUUCUCUGUCCUGAAGUCAAAAACUUAAGAACAAAACUGAAGUUCCAUCUGGUUCCAGACUUAGAUGCAUUGCAGCUGAGAUGGUAAGGUAACAAGCAAGCAGCA